UUUGCGCUUAAACAAAAUGGCAGCCACCACGAUGGAAUUCGUCGAAUUUGUUUACGAGAACUUAAAAAUUGAACUAAAAGUUGAUUCUUCAAUUAAACGUCGUUUAGAAAAUGAUCAUGAUUUCAUUCCUCGGUUUUUUGAAGAACUGAUAUAUGAGAGGGGAAUGAGAGAACAGAUUGGUUUACCAGAAGAUGUUGAUAUUAAUUCAAUAAGACUGGCCAGCAAAUCACACGAGGAGGGAGAAUCAGGAGACUUCUCUUGGACUGAUUCCUCCACGCGGUUGUUGAUAACAACACGAUUAAAUAUGGACGAUGAAUUCAGAAAACCCAUAAGAAAAACAAAAUUAUGGGAUUCAAUAUCAAAAAAGAUGGAAAAUCAUGGUUACACUAUUUCUCCCAGUGACUGUGAUAAGAAAUGGAGAAAUCUGAAGACGACAUAUAAAAGAAAUAGAGAUAAGGCAAAACAACACACUGGGGAAUCUGCCAUUACCUGGCCAUACUUCAAGUUACUGGACCAGGAACUUGGAUCUAGAGUGGACAUCAAUCCUCCAGAAGAAAGUAUCAUUUCUUCUGAACCAUGCGUGGAGCAGAUCCCAUCUCCCAGUGAACUUUCAAGCAGUUCGUCAGGAUUGCCUGCCCACUCUGAAUGUGAUGUGGCAGCAGUACAUCCCCCUUCAAUAAAUUCUUUUCGGAAUCACACAAAUUUAAAAAGAAAAAGAAAAGAAAAUCCACCAGAGUGGUUUCAAGCUUGGGCCAGUAAGCAAGAACAAGAAAAGAAAGAGGAUCGUGAGAGAGAAGAUCAGCGCUGGCAGGAAUUUAAAGAGAUCGAAGAAAAGCGUUUGAAACAAGAGAAAGAAUGUGAAGAGAAGAGAGUAAACAUGAUGAGUUCUCUUCUAAAUGUAUUGCAAAAAAUUGCAGAAAAAUAAAAUAACAAUAUGUGAAUUCAUUGCAUCUGAUUUGU